AUCACAGUUUCUAUCAUAUAAUGGGGAGAAGGUAUAUAAACCAGCUAUGAGUCACUCCUGAUAAAUACAGGGAUGCAACACGCCAUACUUUUUAAAAGCAGGUGUAUUACUAUUUGUUUUACCAUUGAGAAGUUUCUGGACUUUCGGAUGCCGACUAAACAGACAGUAUCAUGAGGGAUUAUGACGGAAUCAUCUCUUUCCUGGGAACAUGGGGGCCCUUCCAGCGAAUGGUGUUCCUGGCUCUGGCCAUCAGCAUCCUUCCAAACGGCUUUGUAGGAAUCUACAUAGUGUUUGUAGGUGACACCCCUCCUCAUGAAUGCUACAUACCUGAAGAGUCCAACAUCAGUGAGGUGUGGAGGAACGUGACCAUCCCUCUGGUGACUGUAGAUGGGGUGACAAAACAGAGCUCUUGUUCCAGGUUAAACCUGGACAUAGUCAGGAACUACUCCAGUCAGAAUAUCCUACCAGAUGUACACAUUAACCUGAGUAACAUUCCACUGGAGAGCUGUCUGGAUGGGUGGAAGUACAGCAGAGAGAUAUACCUGUCAACUAUCGUCACAGAGUGGGACCUUGUGUGUGAAAACGAGUACAAGAGGCCCCUGACCACAUCAAUCCACUAUGUUGGAGCCCUUUUCGGGACAUUCCUCUCUGGGCAGAUUUCUGAUAGGUUUGGGAGAAAGCCAGUUCUCUUUGUCAUGAUGGCUGUCCAGACGUUGACGGUAGCUGCCCAGAUCCUGUCUUCUAGCUGGGAGAUCUUCAGUUUUAUCUUCUUCUUUGUUGGUUUUGGUUCUGUCUCCAAUUAUGUCAUUGCCUAUGUUCUUGGAUCAGAGAUUCUGAGCCCAAAAACCAGAGUACUGUUCUGCUCUCUCGGAGUGUUCAUGAGUUCCGCUCUGGGGUACAUGGCCAUGCCGGCAGUGGCAUAUUUCCUGCGGGACUGGCGAGGGCUUCUGGUUGCCAUGGCAGCAUCUGGACUCAUCUACGUCCCUUUGUGGAAGUUCAUCCCAGAGUCCCCCCGGUGGCUGCUCUCUCAGGGCAGAGUGGAGGAAGCCGAGACCAUACUGAGGAGAGCUGCCAGACAGAACCUAGUAGAGAUACCAGAUGUGAUCUUCACUUCAACAGAGUUGCAAGAUGCCCUGGCCAUGAAGGAGAAAAAGUACAGCAUCCUGGAUAUCAUGAAAAGCUGCAACGUAUUAUCCAUCACCCUCCUGUGUUCCCUAUUGUGGGCGAUCAUCACCCUUGGCUACAAUGCCUUGAUUCUAAACACCUCCAAUCUCCAUGGCAAUGCCUACCUCAACUGCUUCCUUUCAGCAGUGGUCGAAGUUCCUGCCUAUUGCAUCGCCUUGCUGCUACUGAAAUACUGCCCCAGACACUUCUGUCAGUCCUCCACUCUCUUCCUAGGGGGGGCUGUUAUUCUCUGCAUCCACCUCAUACCAUCUGACCUCCCGACAGUGGCCAUCUUCCUGGAGAUGGUGGGGAAGUUCGGCAUCACAUCUGCAUUCUGCGUGGUGUACGCUGUUACGUCAGAGCUGUUCCCCACCGUGGUGAGGACUAUGGCCAUGGGGACCUGCUCCAUGGCUGCCCGCAUUGGCACCAUCAUCUCCCCGUUUGUCAUUUACCUUGGUAAAUACUACAGGUAUCUGCCAUACCUACUGAUUGGAAGCCUGGCCAUAUUUGGAGGUCUGUUCUGUUUUCUGCUCCCAGAGAGCUUUGGUAGGGUUUUACCUGAGACCAUGGAUCAGAUGCAGACCAUCAAUGGACUCCAAGGCAGCAAGAAAAAAGCCACCAAGAAAGGAAACAGCAAAGACGAAUUCCGUAAAGAAUCAAAGUUAUAAUAGUUUUUAUUUCACGUUUUCUUUGUUUGUUAGUUUUUACAGUUCAUUCUGGGCACUUGUAGACAUUACAGUUUUUGCAUGAAUGUUGCUCCAAACUGAACAUAAACUACAGAGAUAAACAUUUUCUGUAUUUAAAACAAAAACAAAUUUGGGGUAUAAUACCCUAACAUAUUAUACUAUGAUUGAACAAAAAAAUUAUGUUGAUCAUGUUUGUAAAAUGUCUUAAAAAGGUUAAUUGUUCGGUCAAUAUAUGCUGUAAAGACUGUACAGAGUUAGUUGGACUAUAUAAUUCUGGGUAAUGAAUAUUGUACAAUAUAGCAUUCACAGGUUGAGUUGUUUGACACUGCUUCAAAAUCUAUUCAAAGAUGAUUUUGUUAUUAAACAGUUCUCUUGU